AUGGCAACUUGCUCAGAAAUGCAAACCACUUUCCAAAACGGCACUUUUCAAGAGCAAUCGAGUUCGUUCACCGGAGCCGGCGGCACAUUCCGUUCGAGUGUCAAAGAAUCAGUGUGGGGGGAUCUCCCUCCUGGCAGCUCAAUGCAUGAAACUGUCCAAGAAUCAGUUUGGGGCGAUCCUGAUAUGGCUGCGUUGUUCGGACCAGGCAGCUCAGUGCAUGAAACUGAGCAAGAGUCAUUCUGGGGCGAUGAUGACUUCGCUUCGUUCCUCGGACCGAGCAAAUCAAUGCGUGCAACUGUCAAGGAAUCAGUCUGGGAGGAACCUAUGGCGGUCGAUUCCAAUUCGGCGGCCAAUGCACCAGCCGCUCCAUUCCCGUCACCACCGCUGUUUUGCACUCUAAACAAUUGA